UCUAUUUCAAAAGUUUAACGGUCGCUUUAGCAGCGAGUCGAAGGUGUGAAAAAAUUGUGUGCGGAAAAUUUCUCGUGUUCUUCAUAUUUGGUUGACAAAGAAAGUGCAUUUUUGUUGUGUACAAAUCGUAAAUAAAAUGUUUAACUGAAAGUGAAUACCCAAAUUCAAUAGUUCGAAAUUGAAAAUUGCAUUUUAAAUAUGUGGCGCUCAACGGUUUUUGUAGCUAUUUUAAUUUGUUCGAUAUUUUCGUCGAAUGUUCAAGGUUCUUGUUUGGAGUAUGGGCAUUCAUGUUGGGGUGCGCAUGGCAAACGCUCCAGUGGCUCGGCGGUCGCCGGCAGUAAAGGUCGGCUAGUGGAGAGAAAUUCACGUGGCGGCAACCAAUUAAAUUUGCUGGACGAUGAUAAUGCUAGUCGAUUUGUGGCUAACAAGUUCGACAUCAAUGAAGCAAUCACAUCCGCUGAAAUUGCACCACAUCUAGGCACAAGUGCAGAAGACACAUCAGCAGAUUCGACAAAAGAGCGCAACUACAUGGAACAACGGCAUCUACAAUUUCCACUACACAAGAGUAACCGUGAGAAUAGCAACACACCGUUAGAUAACAGUAUCCGAAAGAGUGAGACGGCUGGCUCGCGUGAAGAACGCCAACGCGCUCUACAUUUGCAACAAAAACGGAAGUUCCCUCAACAUAUUGAACGUUGGCAUAAGUUACCGGCUUUCGGUUUACGACGCACCUACAGCAAUUCACCAUUGGCGUUGACCGACGCAGUACCGCUCGAGUUGCCCACACGUAAUGCGGGGAAUGAGUUACUACAACAAAUCGGACAAUUGGCGGGCGAAAGAUUCGACGAAGUUGGCGUUUACUAUGACUUUCCAUAGAAGUGAGAGAGGACAGAGGCCGGUGGGAGAGGAGCGCUGGGGGAGAAACGUGAAGUGAACGAUUGAAGUCUGCAAAAAUGCAAACGCACACACACGCAAAACAGUUACAUUAUGUUUGAGUUAUUUUCUGUUUCAUGUUGAUUUAUAAGAGGACUACAAAAUUCCUAAAAAAAAUUAUAAUAAAGGCAUUGUAAUUAUAUGAGGAUAUUCUCUAUAAAAAAAAACAAUUACGUAACAAAUUUAAAAGGCUCUAAAUGUAAACAUUUUAUUAUAAGAAAACUCUAUUUGUGUAUUUUAGGCGUUGCACUAAGAAAAAAACAAAAAAUUAAAAAAAAAACAUUUUCGAACAACAAAUUUCGAAA